CAAAAGGUACGGAUAGAUGUUUUUCACGUCGCAAAGGUAAGCUAUCCGGUACAAGUCAACCUAGCCUAAAGGCGGAUUUCCAGUCCUCGCACGAAGCUCCUCACAGUACAACUCGCUGCGAGUGCUUGCAAGCAUCUAAUUAGUAAAAUUAAUUGUUUAGCAUUGAUGAAAGUGCUCAUGCAUGCACUCGCAGCGAGCUGCGAGGAGCUUCGUGCGAGGGCUGGAAAUCCGCCUUUAGACGUCGUCCACGGUUUGUUUACAACAGGUAAAUGUUGUUUUUCGUAUUUAGUUUAUUAGGAUUGCCAUAUAAUAUCAACGAUUACAAAGAAUAAUUUUACAUACUACAUUGGGCCUUUCGCCAUGUUUUAUAUAAGCCUGCAUAAUGGUAUCACGUGUUCUUGUGUCCUAGCUUAUAUUUAUGUUACAUGACGUAACAAUAUAUCACUACAUCCCUCUUUCCCUUAUAACAAAACAAAGUCAAUGUCGACUAUAAUUAAUAAAAAUAUCGUUCUUAUUAUCAUGCAGUUCAUGCGUAAUAGUCUGGUGGUUUUACCACUCGUCCACUUCGAGUUGUUACUCUACCUGACGUGUUGUUGUUGUUGUUGUCAGGAUUGUUGGCGGUUGUGCUUGAUUGUGGCGUAGAUGGUAUUUCUCGCAGGUGGAUUCGGUUGCGCCUCAAUUCCCCAGUUGGUGUGUCGACUUGAUAAGAUCUUGGGGGUAUUGAAAAUCUUUUCCUUUAUGGUUGCUGGACUCCAUUUGCCAGUCGACGGAUUUUGACACUGACAGAUUGUCCUGACUGUAGAGCAGGAAGAUGUUUCACGUGUUGAUCAUGCUAUUGUUUUUGCUUUUCCUACCUUUGCUCUAAUCUGGUUAUAAUGUCAUCACUAUUGUGAUCACUGGUAAUUUUCCGCGGUAAAUUGUAUUGAAGUUUCCUUUUCAUGAGCAGUUCUGCUGGUGAUGGUAACGCAUUGUCUAUCGGUGUGGAGCGCAAGCAAAGGAGAGCAAUGUUCGGGUCAGUUUCGGUCUUCUUAGCUUUAGCUAAUAUAUCUUUCACUGUCUUCACUUGACUUUCAAUAUACCCGUUGCUUCGGGGAUAAUGGGGUGAACUUGUUACUAUCUGGAACCCGUAUUCAUUAGCAAAUUCGCGAUAGUCCUUGCUGGAAUAAUGUGGACCGUUAUCAGAUCGAACGACUUCUGGGAUUCCUUGUUCGCUGAAUAUCUGCUUUAGGAUCGCUAUAAUGGUCUUGCUGUUGCUCUGCCUUUUGCGAUUUUCCUCACAAAUGGGUACUUGGAGUAAUAAUCGGAAACAAGCAAAUAUUCUGUGUUAUCAAGAUAGAACAGAUCAAUGGCAAUUGUAUGGCAAGGGCGAGGUGGUAUCUCUGUUGGGAUGAGUGGUUGUCGGGUUUGUGUUGGUUGAAAUUCUUGGCAGAUACGACGAGAUUUGGUUAGUCUGUCGAUAUCUUCGUUCAUCUUUCGCCAAAAGACGAAUGUUCUGGCACGAAGUUUUGUUUUCUCUGCACCUUGAUGUGCUGCAUGAAGUUUUCCAAGAAUUUCAACUUGAAGGGUUGAUGGUAUAAUGAUUCUUUGUCCUUUCAUGAGUAUUCUAUUUUCAAUACUAAUUUCGUCUCUGUAGCACCAAUACGGUUUGAGAACUUGUGGAACUUCUUUAAUUGAUGUUGGCCAGCCUUCGUGCACAAUCGUUUUGAGCAUCAUCAGCUCCUGAUCAGAAGUUGUUGCUAGUUUGACCUUCUCGAUCAUUUCGCUGAUCAACUGUGGGCAAACUUCGUGAAUUUCCACGUUCAUAUCUUUCACUGGGUUCUUUUCUUCGGAGGAUAAUACUGGGUUUAUUAUAAUACUGGGUUUUAAUAGUAUACAUGGAAUAAGAUAACUUAAUUGUCGUGUAUUUACAUAGGUAAUACUACUAAUCUAGCUGUUAAAAUGUUAUUAAAACUAUAUCUAUUUACAUCUAGUAAGAACAUUAUAUAUUAUUAUUGUAUUUAUCAAUACCAUAGACUAGUGAACUAUUCUUAAAACGAUCAGUUCUACUUUUAAAGUUAUAAAAUUUGUUUCUAUUAGAUCUAGUUUCCCUAUUUCUAAUGUUUCCCACUGGCACAGGUAAUAAAUAGUGUAAUUUAUGUGACGGGGAGGACAUGUUUUUAAUUAAGUCACUGCAAUGCAUGUCCCGUCUCUGAUUAAGUGGAAGUAGUUUAGACGAAGCAAGAGCAUCUUCAUAACCUUAGGUCAGAAUAUUUUGACUUUGUGAUAACGUUAGGCCUCCAUGCCAUAAUAUGUCACCGUAUUCCAAAACCGAUCGAAUCACUGAACAAUAAAACUUUAAUAGAUAUUUUACUGGUGCGCCAUAUUUCUUUAAUACCUUUAAAAAAUAUAAGCGUUUCCUGGCCUUUUUAAUAAUAAAACAGGUAUUAGUAUGCCAUUUGAGAUCUGAUUGAAGCCAAAUGCCGAAUAGCUUGUUGGAUUGUACUCUUUAAAUAGGAAUGUUGUCUAUCGUAAUCACUGGUACUUCAGAUUUCAUAAUUCGAAGGUCGAUUACCAUUUCUUUACUUUUUUUCAAGUUCAACCUCAUGUUUUCCUCUCGUGAAAAUUUUGAAAUUCUUUCAACAUUUGCUUGGAUGUUGCUCACUGGGUGGGUUUCAGGGUUAUUUAUAUUGAGAAUCUCUGAUAGGGUAGUAUCGUCCAUAAAAAUUGAAACAUGUUCUUUUCCUGAAUUUUUGUCAUUGAGUGCCAAAUCUGGUAGUUUAUUAAUUUUGGUAAUAAAUGCUAUCGGGCCGAUUUUACUUCCUUGAGGUUCCCCUGCGUUGAUCUUUUUAAAACACGAUGUCAAUCCAUCAAUGUUUACCCUCUGUAACCGGUCGGAUAGGUACGAGGCUAACCAUGGUAGUAUAAAGCGGGGCGAACAUCAACAGAUUUAAAGUCAUUCAGCAAGAUGUUAUGAUCUAUAAGGUCAAAUGCCUUGGAAAAUCCAUUCUAAUUACCGAUUUGGGUUUCUCCAAGGCGACAAACCAUGUGUGUAGCAUUUCGAGGAGGGCGAAUACAGACGACAAACGAGGAAUUCCCCCAAAUUGACGUUCGCUGAGACAGUCCCUUGAAUCUUCUAACAUCCAAUCCAGUGCAAAUGAUUCUUGAAUUUUUGAAAAAACACUUAUAAGGGCAAUUGGUCUAAUAUCUCUUACUGUAGUGCAUGGAUUUGACUUUGGGAUAGGGCAGCAGUUGUAUGCUUUCCAAAUCUCCCCGAAACAUUUAUCUUGAAAAGAGGUGUUAAUAAUGUCGGCUAGUGGACCGGAUAACUGCUCCGCAAAGUGUUUGAUAAUUUUCGUUGGUGGAUCAAAGGGACCUGGAGACUUAUUGAUAUUGAUUUCUUUCAGCUUUUGUGCAAUACAUUCCCUUGAAAUGGUAGGAAGAUCAAGAUCGUCUCCACCCAGCUGUAGAUCGUUUGAUAUUUUAUUAUAGUCCUUAGUUAAGUUAAUUAAAUAAUCAUUAAUGCACUCUACUGAUUCUUCUGACGUUGGAGGUACACCAGAGUCUGGGUUGACAAGGUUGAUUUUCUGGUUCUUGCUUAUUCCACAUAUACGUUUGAUACUUUUCCACCAAUCUUUUGGGUUAUUAGACUGUAAUGGUUUUACUUUGACCCGGUAAAACUUUUGUUUUUCCUUUUUAAUUUCUUCGCGAACUUUGUUACGCAACGAUGUGAAUUUCUGUUUAUCCCCUUUCGCAAAAGCUUUAUCUCGGUUCACUAUUAAUGUUUUAAUUCUUCCUGUUAUAAACGGUUUAUCCUCUUGGUGGAACUUUACGGUACGUUUAGGGAAGUAGGUAUCUGGCACACUGCUAUUAAUUACUUGGGUGAACAUUUCCAGUUUUUGGUUGACCGUUGGCAACCUUGUUACUAUAGACCAAUCAUAUGAGUUUAUCCACUGCCCGAAGGCUUCUAAACUAGAAUUCUUAAUAGGUCUCACCGUCACUUUCCUUAUUCGGUUAAUAGAUUUUUGACGCGGACGACUUGAUUCAGACCACACAAAGUUUUGAGACGUUUUUCGUUGAAAUUAUUACUAUUUGAAUUAAAAUCACCAGUCACUAUGAAAGCUGUUUCUGUGCUCUCUAAAACCAGUGUAUCGACACAAUAGCAAAGAUAAUCGUAAAAUGUUUCUAUUUCUUGAUUUGAAGUAAGAGGUGGGAGGUAUACAACUGCUGUCGCUAUUCGUGAAAUACGUCUUGGGAGCCACUUAGGUCGGAUUGUAAUCCAAAGGCAUUCGAUAGAACAAUGUGACAAGUCUACGCACACUUUGUAAGGUAGGUGCUCCCGUAUAUAAGUACAGACUCCCCCGCCGCGAAUUCCGUUUGCUCUAUCUUUCCGGAUAAUUGUGUAGCCACUCACUUGAAAAACUUCAUCUGGAAUGGGGUCAUUAAGCCACGUUUCCGUGAUACAUAGGACUUCAGGGUUGAGAAUUUUGGUGCGAAUAGAUAAGUCGAAUAGAUAUUUCAUCGACUUUAUUAAGGAUUGAUCGAGCAUUAAGAAGCAUAAUAUUUGGAAGGGAUCUGGUUAGAACCGGUUUGUUGCAUUUCGGUAUUGGAACUAAGUUAGUCAGGUUGCGCUUUCUAGGAGUGAAAGGGUUUUUAUGUGGUUUCUCCAUAUUGAAAUUAUUUUGAAAAGUUCUAGUGCAGUGGUUACUUAUUAUAACUGGGAUUGUAUUCACCUUCGUUAUUGCGUCCUGGUUAUUUGGCUGAUAAUAACGGAUAAUCGUGACAGAGCAUCUGCUAGUAGCAUGUCUUUUCCUGGAGUAUAUUUGAUAGUUAGGUCGUAGGGUUGUAACCGGAGUAGCAUACGUUGCAGUCGGGGAGGCCCAGAUGUGAGGUGUUUCAGGUGGUACUCUCGAGCGGUUUAUGGUCAGUAUGGACAAUUACUGGUCGUCCAAACAAAUAGGUGUGGAAACGUUCGCAUCCAUAUACAACAGCGAGCAUUUCCCUUUCGAUGUUGGCAUAUCUGGUCUCCACGUCUGUUAAUGAUUUACUUGCAAACGCAACAGGUUUCUCUUCUUGUAUUAGUGCUGCUCCGAGACCCUUUGUUGAAGCGUCCACUUGUGGAACAACUUCUUUGGUGCUGUCGAAAUAGUUUAAGAUGAUCUCUUCACUGAUGGCUUGUUUAACUUCGUCAAAUGCUCGUUGGUAGUUUUCAUUCCAUUCAAAAGUAUUCUUCUUCUUUAGGAUUUCUCGUAAUGGUGCUGUAAUGGAGCUAAAGUUUGGGAUAAAAGGACCCAUGUAUGUGACUAACCCAAGGAAGCAAAUACCCGAAAGCGAGAUCUAGGGUACUGAAGUAACGUGCACCCCCCAACUGGUCUAGAAUGUCGUCGAUAUGGCGCAUUGGCUGAGCGUCCUUCUUUGUUACGGAAUUAACACGUCGAAAGUCAACGAAAACCGGUAAUCACCGUCUUUCUUUGGAGCUAACACGAUUGGCGAGGACCAAGGACUGUUACUAAGUUGAAUUAAACCUCUGUCUAACACAUAAUUUACCUGAUUGUUCACCACUUUGUUGAGAUAAACGGGAAUCCGAUAGGGCCUUUGCUUCACUGGGUGACUAUCCCCUGUAUCAAUCGCGUGUUCCGCCCUGGUGGUUAGGCCUAAGGGAUCGCUCGAUCUGUUCACAAAAAUGUCUGAAUAACUUUCGAGCAGAACACUUAGCUUGUUCACAGUUGGGGAAGUUGUCUCAACAAUUAAUUCUGCUUCCUCUGUCUUCCACGAAAGCUUCGACUUCGCUAUGUCCACAACCAUUCCCCCCGAUUUUAAGAAAUCAGCACCCAAAAUGCAAGUGUUUCUCAUACCCACGACCAGAAACUGAUGGGUGACCUUCGACAUCUCAAGGCAAACAUGUAAGUCUGUUGAUCCCAACACAUGUAAGUCUUCCCCGCCAUCCCUCUUGCCCUGAAAGUACAUGGCUGUAAGGGUCCACUAAUAAAUUCUCUGCUGACUAAUGACAUCGUUGCACCUGUGUCCACUAAACAUUUUCGCCCAAUCGUGCGCGCCUUUAUGAAGACUGCCGUGGGCUGAACAGAGUUUAUGGGCAAGGCCGCAUUAUCCUGGGCUGACCCCCGGCCUAGCAACGGGUCGGCCCCUGGUCGUUUCCAUGACGUGGUUGGCUAUUAAGGGGGGUCUGGAACCGAAACUGGCAUUCCCGCGAGAAAUGUCCCAUCUGUCCACAAACAAAGCAGUAAUUUUCAGUUUGGCGCUGACGAUAAUUCAUUCGUCGCCCGUUCCCGGACGUACUCCUACAUUCACUGGCGAUGUGACCCAUUCUCCCACAUUGAUAACAAGGGCCCCGGCGCCCCGCGGGGGAAUUUCGCACAGACGUUCACGUUAGCAACAGAUUGAGAUAAUUCACUAACGUUCCUCGUAAGAAUAUCUACACUUUCCAUCAAUUGCGUAACCAAGGGCGACUCUACUACCGUUUGAUUCGUGCCACCGCUCGUAUUCACUUCGUUAACCGAUUGACUCGAUGAAAUCUGACCCGCUAAAUCCAGCUGUUGCCCCGCCGUUGGAACUUGUUAUCCGCGCCAUUUUCACUGGACCCGCGCCAUUUUCGCUGAACCCGCGCCAUUUCUAUUGACUCGCGACCCGCGCCAUAUAGACUAUCCCUCCUCGUACGAAAGAGUCGGUCGUUGUAAUAAUUGUUUCUUUAGUUCUUUAGAUACUCCUUCGACAAAUUGUUUCUUGAGAAGUGUUUCUCUGUCGCCCUUUUCGAUGUUUGGCAUUGCGCGUCUUAAUAGCGCUUCCAAAUUGUAGGCGAAUACUUGGAUGUCUUCUUCUGGCUUUCUCAUUCGGCUGCGAAAUGCCAUCAUCGCGAGAUGUUUGCCGUUCUCAUCACCAGCAAAAGCCUCCGUUAGCGCUUUCGUUAGUACUUUAAAAUAUUCUUUUGUCUCCGCCGCAAGACACUCGAAAAUCGCAAAAGCUUUGCCAGACAACAGAGUUGGCAGCCUUUUUAACAUAUCCCGGUAUCUUUCCAAUCGUUCACCUUCGCACAAAGCUCAAAAUUUUCGUAGCCACAGAACCAUAUCGCCGUCUGAAAAGAUCUCGGGAAGUGCUACACUCGCACGCGUCGCCAAAUGUAAUAUAAGCGAAUCAGACAACAACGAUACAAAUCCAGACUUUUCUAUAUUACUCUUUUACACGCUAGAAUAUCACACAAUAACAAUUCUAAUGAUAUUUGUGAUGUUACUCUGAGUGUAUAUCCACAUCGGGCGAGCUUGAAAAAUAUGCCCGGCCACGGUGGGAUUCGAACCUAUGACCUUUGGAAUACUAGCCCAAUGCUCUUCCAACUGAGCUACGCGGUCAGGACGGUUCGAGUAGGUGAUAUUUCGGAACAGAAUCUAGUUCCUUCGAUACCAAUGUAUUCUAGUAAUAUGAUUUUUUCUGUGUUGGUGUUGUGUACUCAGGUGAAUAUGAUAUUUGUGAUGUUACUCUCGGUGUAUAUCCACACCGGGCGAGCUUGAAAAAUAUGCCCGGCAACGGUGGGAUUCGAACCUACGACCUUUGGAAUACUAGCCCAAUGCUCUUCCAACUGAGCUACGCGGUCAGGACGGUUCGAGUAAGUGAUAUUUCGGAACAGAAUCUAGUUCCUUCGAUACCAAUUCUGUUCUGAACUAGACUCUGUUCCGAAAUAUCACUGUUCCGAAAUAUCACUUACUCGAACCGUCCUGACCGCGUAGCUCAGUUGGAAGAGCAUUGGGCUAGUAUUCCAAAGGUCGUAGGUUCCAAUCCCACCGUGGCCGGGCAUAUUUUUCAAGCUCGCCCGGUGUGGAUAUACACUCAGAGUAACAUCACAAAUAUCAUAUUCGCCUGAGUACACAACACCAACACAGAAAAAAAAAAAAUUCUAAUGUCCCCUGUCUCAUAUUACUAACGUCCUAAUACUUUGCCAAUCACCCCUGUGUCACUUAAUGCCUUUAAUUAUUAUAGUCAUAUAUGUUACAACGCCAUAUGGUGCCAACGGCGAGAUAUGAUGUCAACAAUAACCCAGCAGCUCCCUUUGAUCAGGAAUCGCCAUGCAUAUACGCGUUAUUUGGCCCGUGCGUGCGGAAUGGUGUCUCCUUAUCUCCGUAUUUCUUGUCCGCCAAAAGUACAGCACCGGGAGGCAUAUCAUGGUUAGGACCAUUAAAAGAAAAUUGGCAGCGUCAUUUUGUGCACCUAGAAAACCAGCCUGGACGAAACCAAUAUUACCUACAUUGUCCACAAUCAAUUGGGUGUUCAUAUAAGUUGAUAGUGUCGAUGUCCACUGUAGAAGUGCCGUUGGGGCUCCACUUGUGGUCAAAUAUUUCAUGUGGAGUUCCAUCUAUACAGCCAACGGCGUCUGAAAAGGAUGGCCAGUUCCCCCGUAGAGCAUAUAUAUAUUCAAUUCAAUACUAGGCCAUGAAACCUGGUUAUGAAAAAAUCUCCACGAAACAGGACUAAACACCGUGGAUAAUGUUUGAAACUAGCUUACAUCAAAACGGGCUUUUGGGAUUUGGGAUCACAGUAAUUGGCCUGAAGCUGUUGUGAUUUCCUGUCACAUUUGUAAUAUUAUAUAUGUAAUUAUUGUUAUUUGUCAUGUAUUCUUGUUGUGACAAAGCUCAGGGAAUAAGUAGGGGGUGUAACACCCUCCCCCCCCCAAUAAUUCAAACGUUGGUCAAAGUUGGUCAAAAUGGAAGUGAUAUUUGCCCAAUGUUCGUCAAAAUGGAAUUGAUAUUGAUUAAAAGAUGGUCGAAGUUGCCCAAAGUUAUGAACUCGGGUUCGCAAUUUUAACAAUUUUGAAGCUUUUGUUACGUUUGCGGUCACACGCCAACCGGCCACAACAUUUUCAGGAAAGAUUUUACGACUUGACAAUAUCCUAGGAAAUGUUGGUCAAAACAUGACGACCCCACCCCCCACCCCCCCAAUGUUGAUGGCUUCGCGACGUUCCUGACAAAGCUUGUAAAAUUAAAAUUAAAAAAAUUAAAAUUAAAAAAAUUAAAAUUAAACGAUGGUUUCAGCCAAUAGUAGAGUCUGUCACCUUUCUAAACCAAAGGCACGUUGUACUAUUUCACGAUAUAUAGCCGAUGAAAGAUAUCUAAAUACUAGAAAUACAUGCAUGCAACGACCCCUCGCCUAUAUUUUCCAAACAUUGUUUCAACAUGAAUUAUUCGUAACAAGACGCCUGCUCAGGCGUUCACACUGGCCUCGCGGUUGGUAAAAAACCAUCGCAAUACUUAAAAAAAUAAUUUGAAACAGGUAAAUGUUCUUCAUUUCUUGACCGCCGUCACUUAAUGAUCACAAACAUUCAGAGGACGGCAGAAUAAAAAUCCAUACAAAACCAACAGAGUUCAGCGAUAGACCAAUUGCGAAACUUAGUGACCGCGCCUUCAACUGCACGAAAACGAGGCUUAUUAUGCAAAAACAAAUCAUUCUGCUAUAUUUUUAUGUGGCCAAAAAUGAAUUUCAGUGUUUGCGACGCGUUUUUAUGGUAAUCUCUUCAUUUUUUCUCAAUAUUUUUGUUUUGACUAUGUAAAUCUUUAUUAAACUUGUUCAUAGAUUUAGUCUUACUUCAAAUUUCAUUGUUUUUUGCGGCGUGCGAGGCAAAGUUUUGCUGUUUUUCGCCGUCCGAUAAAAGAAGCAGAUUAUACCAGAGAAAGAAUCAGGUAUUUUUCGUCUGGUUUAUUAAUACUUUUCAAAGAAUAAGUUGUUUUGUUUCAGUUGUAAUAUAAUAGCAAGUUUUCGAUUUUAACUUUAAAAAUAUGAAAGUAAAUGUCGGGCAAAAUUUGUAGAAAUUUUAUGUUAUUAUCCUUUGACAAAAUCUUUUUUUCUCGCACGAAGUCUAAAAAAAUCUCGGUAGAAAGAGUUAUAUUUUAGUUUAUUAAGUUAUACUUGUAACUUAAGAAGUCCAAGAUACUCCGGCGUAAGAAACCCGAUCAGAGAAUGGCAACUUUCGCUGUUGAGGUUCGCCAUAAAUUGUUGAAAACUUUGACCAGCAUAUUAGUCAAGGAGCUGACCCAUGCAAAAGGCGGUUUCGUUCAACCGACCAGACAGAAAAGGUCUGACACCAGUUUCCUACAGAACAAUAAGUGCUCUUUAAGACUAGGUACUAUGUAGUCUCGAAUUGUGGUACCAAUAAUCGUAUAUCUGGGGUUCUUUACCCGCUAUCGUACUCGCAUCAAACUCAACAUCAAAACGAGGUGACAGCACUAUUUACCGUUCAAAUCUAUAUUCUGUGAUCUAAAUACCCUAAAAACUAUCAAACGAUCAAGGGUUGGUCUGUGCUUAACAUUUGUUAGACUAUAUAGCAACAAAUCACGUCACAUGAUUUGUCACGUGACUGCUUUUCGUCAAAAAUCCGCUUUUCUGUCAAUUUCUGUACGUUUAAAUUCCGGUUGAGACGUUAUUUAUGGUUUGAUUCACAUUAUAAUAAUUUAUAGCGACGCUUUUGGUCGUAUUCUGUCCCAUUUCGUAAAAAAAAUUAUUUCCAUUGGAAAACGUUGAAGAAAUAGCUGAAAUCAGCGCAUCUUUGUAAACUCGUACCCAGGCUCUUUGCUCGUUUUUUUUUGCUCUUCGCUACAAAUAACAUCGUUUUGCAUACAAGUUUAUCUCAAAGUUAAAAUAUUAAUGUUAUUUAACAUGUUUAAAUACUGUUUUUUAAAAAAAGGAUACUUAGAGUGCUGCUUCUUUUUGUUUUCGAUGUAAUUUUGCUGGUGAGGAUCUCCACGGAAAGUGAAAAUGUAAGUUUUUAACACUGAAGUUUGGAAAAUAUAAUAUGCAUAUUAAUAUUUCAUAUAUUUGUACAUAAAAAAUUGAAAACUAAGAUAGGAACUAUUUCACUGGGAUAUAAAAGUUGCCAGAAUAAUAAAAAGAAACGACAUGGCUUCGUGGGAUGUUUUUCUCAUUGUAUUUAAAACAAUAUUCAGCCUAUAGUGCCAUAGUGGGUUAUUGCCAAGUGGAGUUUUAAAAAUAUUGCACAAAACGCACAAUACUUGCAGUAUCUUUGUUUGGACUUGUUAUAUGUUAUCCAUUUAUUUCGCUAAAAAAUCAUUUGUACAGUACACAACAUUUGUUAUGAAAAGUUUGUUUGUCUUGCUCAGAUAAAACAGACGUAAAUCUCGCGAAUGUUUGUCUUAAAAUAGACCGAGAUAUUUUCCCGCCAAAACUACCUGUUGUUGCUUAACCUUGAUAUAUAGUUUUAUUGCGGCCAAAAAAACCGAAUGAAAAACAUAUAAUUGUUGGAUAACCAAUUUAUUCAUUCGUCUUAGAAAGUACGUCCUUUUUCAUGUUUGCAAUGUCUUGCACGGGAAACCAUAAAACCCAAACUCUUUGAUCUUUUGUUAAUCGAGGCAUAUUCGAAAGGCGAACGAAGACCGAAUAAUACGAACUCCCAAAGGACAUCGAAUAUGAUUUCGAACGUUUUUAAAUGUUUCAUGCUUAUUUUGCUUCCUAAGAAACGUGAAAGGCUAACUUAUACUAGAACUUUACCCGAAAUUAAAGUUGAGUUGAAAUGCUAAAAUUGAAAUUGUUAAUGUUUGUGGAAAAUAGCAAUUGUUUUCAUAUAAAUUUGAUCAGCCAUGUUUCUCGAUUUGUUUACUCAUUUUUAAAGCGUGCGCCCAAUUCAAACAUUUGCAUCUCACGUAAUAUUAAAUGAAAUUUUUAGGGCUGUAUAUGAAAAUCUAAGUUAGCCUUUCCUGAAUACAAUAAAAUUUAUUUGAGUGUAAUAGUUUUUAUAGUUUUUACCUUACACGAAAUCAAAUAGCGCAAGGUUUUUUUGGGACACCUGGUAGUAUUAUUGUAAACAAAACUUUUUGAUAAAAAAAAUAUUAUUUUGUUUCUGUAGUCGGUCAAAAGCGAUAAAAUAAGAUCAAAACUUUUAUUUCACAUAACAUAAUCUGUACACAGGUAAUAAUAUGCAGCAAAAAUAAUUUCAAAAGGAUGGAUGACGAUGGCUGGCAGCUCCUUCCAAAACCAGCUAAAAGAUUGAAGAAACUGACCUGUUUCGACAAGUGUAUUUUUUGCCAGACGGGUAAUGCUAAUCUGCGUGUUGCAAAGCCUUCUUCACUAGAGAAAGUUGUUUCUGCACUUAAGCAACGACAAGAUGAGGUAUCGUAUGAUAGCAUGUGUUUUGUUUAUUGCUCCAUAUUGUACAUAUUACACAGCCAGCGAGUCUCUUAAUCAAAUCGCCCACGUAAACGCCUUCUGGUCGGCGUUUUUCUACGUUUGAAAUAUUCUUAAACAUUUUCAGGUGUCGCAACGCCUCACACCUAAUGAUCUUUGUCAUGUGGAGGGAAAACACGUUUUGUGGCACUCGUCCUGUUACGAAGCAUUCACCAGUAAGCAAAACCUACAAUUUUCAGAAUCCAAAACGUCAAAUAAUCCUGUUGAUGUCAAAGUUGGCAAACGAGGCGGCACAUUAUUUGAUUGGUCAAAGUGUAUGUUCUGCAGGAACGCAACACGUAAGAAGGACAGUAAUCUUAUAAAUAUUGUCACCUUUGAAGCAUGUAGCACCAUAAAAGAAUCUGUAGAAGCACGAGUGGAUCACCAACUGCUUGACGUACUUCAAUCAGUUAAUUAUGAUCUUAUAGCAGCAGGAGGGAAAUACCACAAAGCAUGUCAUGCUUCUUAUGUCAGCAAAGUAAAUAUUAGACGCAUGCAGCGCGAUACUUCCACAAUUGAUGAAAACCCUUUUGAUGAAGCCUUUAACCAACUGGUAAAGACCAUAACGACUCAUAUCAAUAACGGCAAGGCCUACGACAUGAACAUUCUUUUAGCUAUGUUUAAAAAGGAGUUAGAAAAACUAUGCAAUGCUGGAGAAAGCUACACGAAGCAAAAGCUAAAAGCGCGAUUAGUGGCCCAUUAUAAGGAAGACCUUGUGUUCCACCAGCCACCUCAACAAUCCAAACCGGAGAUAGUGUAUAGCAGUUCCAUAUCUUUGGUUGAUAUCAUAAAUGCGGCAAUCAACUCUCCGCCACCAGACACGACAAUCUGUAUAUCCAAGGAAAAAAUGAACGCAUCCACGUCCGAAUUCUUCGACAUCUAUGCUGUAGCAACUCAAGUGAGACAAGAGGUAAUGAAAUGUAAGGGCAUUGACAUCAAUCCACUGGAUAUCAGUGAUUUAAACCUCGAUACUGCAAAAGAACUUCUUCCCCAAAAUCUACUGGUUUUUAAGAUGGAUCAUAACUGGAGAGCAAUAUAG